UCAUUGGAAACUUUGUUUGUAGUAUAAACUAGCUAGAAACGGACGUCCAAAAGAGCAAUGAAGAAGAGAGCCCGAGGAACCUUAAAAUGCAGAAAAGACAGCAGGACCAAGACUGAGAAUAAAGCCGUAGAAGAUGUCGAUGCAACGAGUGGGAAAUCUCUUGAAGAACAAGGAAAUGCUCCAAAGGCAUCAACAAUGUCUAAAACUUCAAUCUCUGACAUUGGCCAAAAUAAUGCAGGUCUUGCAUUGAAAGCGCAUCUGUCUGAAGAGGAUGUACGCGGUAUUCUUAGAGACGUACACAUCUCUGUGUCUAGGAGACGUACCGCCAUAGAUCAAAUAAUUACCAAAGAGCAAGCAAAUGAAUUAGCUGAUGCCUUCAUGGAGUCAUUUGAAAAAAGAGCCAAGUUUACAAAGAGGUUCUAUUUAGACGGUCGAAGAGAACCACAGGAGAUUCUCUACAAAGCAGCGGAGGAAAAUUUGAAAGAGUUGAUUAUUCGUACAACCAGCAACCCAAGUACAUUUGAAGGGAAACCACUAUUCCUACUCAAGCACCCUAUGUGUCAGCUACGAACUCCGCAAUUAGACAAAAGAAUGUGUUCCAGAAUGAGGCAAUUACGCGCGGAGAAAUUGGAAAUGCAGCAGGAUUUGUACGAUACGGCUUCAGAAAUCAUUAGAGAUCUAUGCCAAUGCGCAGAUACUAAUAUAAGAUUAAAUAGUUAUAAAGAGCUAGAGGAUUUCUUCAGCAAAGAGAAAGGGGAUCCUAAACCAACAAAGAAAGGCUGGAGAAAAUACUUCUGUCGUGUUCAUGCAACAAAACAACAGCAAAAGAAGAAAAAUUCGAGAUGGCUUAUUCGUCUUCGUCGAUUAUUCAGCCGACCCCAAUGCUAAUAUAAUAAUGAAUUUUUCACUUAGUUAAAGACAAUUAUUUAUAUUUUCGUUUGUCCAG